AGAAAUCCGAUUUAUACGGCAAUUUAAAUUUAACGAUUUAUAUGUAUUUUUGCUUAUGGCUUCUACUAUAAUUAACUUACAUAAAAAAACGUCUCAAUUUGCUGAUUUCUUUGAUCAUUCAUCCCACCCAAUUCUCCGUCGCUUGUUGAGAGUGAAUUAAAUUACUUAACCUCCGAUGGAGAUUACCACCAAACGAAUGGCUGUAGUUGUUGGAGCCCUCGGAGUUGUUUCCUUCAUACUCGGCGUUAUCGCUGAAAACAAGAAACCUGCAUCCGGAACCCCGAUCACAGGGAAGGAUGUUGUUAUCUGCAAGUAUCCAGCGGACCCCACAGUGAUAUUAGGGUAUUUGUCAUUUGGAUUUCUUGUUAUCUCAACCUUGGCUGGUGCGUUUUCGUUGUUUUACCCUUACAAAGGGAAGUCUAUUCCGUGGCCUGCGUUAUUUCAAAGCACAAGUUUCUUCAUAUUCUUCUUGGUUGCUUUGGGUUCGACUGGACUAGCGGCAGCGAUGCUUUUGUGGCCCACGAUUACAGAGCACAGACACCUUUUGAGUAAUGUCCAUUACAACCUUGAAACAACUUGCCCGACUGCAAAAACCGGGCUGCUUGGUGGUGGUGCGUUUUUAGCCCUUGAUGCAGCUCUUUUCUGGCUGGUUUCCCUCAUGUUGGCCGAUAAUGCACGAGAAGAUUACUUUGAUGACGUUAAAGGUGCUGGCGAUGAUGCUAAAUAUCGUGAUGACAGCGUUGUUAAAGACAGUGCUUAAGUUUAGCGAUCAUUAACCACUGUAAAUACUUUUAUAGUUUUGUCAUAUACAUUCAUGAAAAACAUGUUUAUGAUAAAGUUUUAAGUCAUAUUAUGCUUGUUAAA